AUGCCUCCACAAAUAGACUUCAUAAAGAAGUCAUUAAAAAAUGUUUGUGUUGAUACUGUUCUAUUAUUUGUCAUGUUAGCUCUAGUGGGACACCUGACUAUAAAUUUUUGGGAAAGAUUUACUCUACAAAGCGAAUUGAGUAAUAUGAAACACAGUUUACAUUCACUUAAGGAUACAAUAAAUAACAUAGGAAAGGCCUACGAUGGUCUUCACACCGAACUGAAAGAUUUAGUCAACGUAGUUGACAAGAAGCAGCACUUGGUACCUGAGUGCAAACAUAAAAAAGAAGCAAAAGACAGAUAUAUUGUGUGAGGUAAAAGUGAGAAUUGAAGACACG